AUGUCACCCUACACAUACUACCAUAGAUGGACCAUCCCCAUCCAUCCCCAUGGACCAUCCCCAACCACAGUACCAGCCCCACCCCCAACCACCGUACCCCUAACCACAGUACCAGCCCCACCCCCAACCACCGUACCCCCAACCACAGUACCAGCCCCACCCUCAACCACCGUACCCCCAACCACAGUACCAGCCCCACCCUCAACCACCAUACGCCCGCCACCAACCAAUCAAUACCACUUUGGCCACCCUCGUAACUUCCACUUCAUCAUGGACGAACCGGACAAGUGUAAGACCCAGACCCCGUUCCUGGUGCUGAUGGUCCCUGUGGCGCCCGGUAACCUGGCUGCCCGGGACGCCAUCCGCAGGACGUGGGGUACUGAGACCCUGGUGCAGGGGAAGAAGGUACAGACGCUAUUCAUGCUAGGACUUCCUGGAGGAUCAGGUGCUCAGGAGCUGCAGGAGAAGGUGAACCAGGAGAGCCAGGUGCAUCAUGAUCUACUCCAGAGCAACUUUCUGGACUCCUACCUCAACCUCACCAUUAAGACCAUGGUGAUUAUGGACUGGCUGGCCACUCACUGCACCAAUUCCACCUACGCCAUGAAGAUCGACUCAGACAUGUUCCUCAACGUAGAGAACCUGAUAACUAUGUUGCUGAGAGCGGACGUCCCCAAGGUGAACUACCUGACGGGGAUGCUGAUGUGGGAUCGACCAGUCAUCCGGAACCCUAACUCCAAAUGGUAUGUUCCGGUCGAGAUGUUAGCCGACAACCGCUACCCGACCUACACACUUGGUAUGGGAUACGUCUUCUCCAACGACCUGCCGGAGAGGAUCGUGGAGAUAUCCAAGGACAUCAAGCUUUUUAAUAUAGAAGACGCCUACAUUGGCGCCUGUAUGAAGAAACUGGGCCUCUCGCCCAGAAACUCACCCGAUCCUUGGCAAUGGAAGGCCUAUCUCGGCAAUUACAAUCGCUGUGAAUUUUCCAAAGUCAUCACCUAUAUUUUGAGCCGCUCAUCCCAGAUAGUGGACUACUGGACGGACCUGAAAAAGACACCUGGUCCACCCUGUCCCUAG